AUGGACCUCUUCCAACCCGCCGCGCCAGAAGCGCGCACACCUGCACUCAAGCUGUCGGCAUGGUUGAACGCAUUCACAAUCACCUACGUUGAGCACUUCAUCGCCACCAAGCGGUAUGCGGCUGAGCGCUGCCUCAGACAAGCCUAUGAGGACAGGGUGACGCAUUUGCAGCAGCGCACUAACCGGCCUGGCCUGGCCCAGCGUUUUGAUGCAGCCAUGGCUGGCUGUUUUCAAGUGUUUGUGGGGCAUGUCACUUGUGGCUCUCUUGCAGGAAGGCACCCCAACAGUGCAUACUUUUGGUGGGUCAAUCUGGGUCGCGCUGCUCGCAUACACCUCUACAAAUCCGACAUUGAUCUGGAGGCAGCACCAGGAGGCUGCUUUUUAUUUUGGUCUGGAGAGCCGUGGAGUAAGUGUCAGCACUGGGAUGCGGAAGAGGACGACAAUGGACCGGUAAUGUCUGUUGUAGGCUACAUGCGGGUGGGAGGCUUGGGCAAGGCCGGCGGGCUGACGGACAUGCACAAGCAGUGCUUUGUCGAGAUGGAGAGUUGUGCGAGGAGGAUCAUGGAUGCGGGUAAAAGGGCUUUUGGAAAGGCACCGGCGUUUAUGCGGGAUGUGAACAAGACGAAAAAGGCUAGGCAGGCGGAGCAGCGGGAGCAGGACGAGGAGGAGGCCAAGGAGGCGGGGGCGGGGGCGGGGGCGGAGGCAGCAGGAGAAGGCUCGAUGAGGAAAAGGAUGAAAAAGCGGAGUGAGCAAAAAGGGUCUUGUGGAAGAGGAGCCCCUUUCCGUCCCAUUCCUGACGUGCCCUUGGCCCAAGCUUCCACGCAAGAGGUCACAUCUCCCGCCUCGAGCGCGCCCGCUGGUGCCGGCCCCAGCACCCAGAACAUCACCUCCCCAAUUGACUUUCCUGCUUGCGGUCGUCCUGCUCUGCGCGGCAGCAUUGCCGCAUUGUCAUCAUUGUCGCCCCCGCCGCCACUGCCACCACCACCAGUAGCGUCGUCAUCGUCGCUGCCCCUGCCGCCACCGCUCGACACACCCCUCAACACGCGCAUGGCCUCCUCUGACGAUCAUGUCAAUGAGGAUGGCAUGCGCGUGUGCUCAUUGUCAGAACAUGGCGGACCGCAGGAAGCAACGUCGGAAGGAUGGGCACCAAGGCCUCCGCGGUCGAUGGGGAGGAGCGAGGAGCCCACAUGCAUUACGGGUCUCACAAUGCUCGGGCAAAGCUUUGUUACUUUUUAG